UCGCCUACCUGAAGGAAAGAGCUACCUCGAACCCAUAAUGGGGGACACUAAGCUCUAUCUCAUGCUGAUCCUCAGCGUCGUCGCAUUGGCCCAUGCAGAUGAUGAGGCUGCAGAUGAUGUGGUUCCAUGCCUGAUGGCUAAGAGGUACAAGCCCUUCCACAAGUAUGAAUAUCUGUAUGAAGCCGAAUCCCUCAACUUCCUCAACGGAGCUGUCAACGGCCCCAAAGGAAGCUGCAAGGUUGAGAUUGAGGUUCCUGGCCCCUGCCACUACAUCGUUCGUACCACUGAGUGCACGCUCAGUGAGGUCAUUGAAUUUGAUGAAGCUGGCAACCCGGUCUUUGACCCAGCAGCCACUGCUGAUGCCUUUAAGGCUGCAAUGGAGAAGAACCCUCUGAAGGUCACUGUUGAAGGUGACAAUGACAUUAAGCUGUUCCCUGAGGACGAUGAGCCAAUCAACAUCCUCAACAUCAAGAGAGGAAUCAUCUCUGCCUUUGCUGUACCUGUUCUGGAGGAGGAGAAGAACAAGAUAAUGCCCACCAUCUAUGGAUUGUGCAAGACUGGCUACACUGUGAAUGCCAGAGAGGACAUUGCCACAGACGUGACCCUCACACGAGACCUGUCCAGCUGUGACCAAUUCAAGCCAGUCAGCGACCACACCAGCCCCCUGGCCCUCAUCACUGGCAUGAACUACCCUCUUAGCCAGCUGAUCAGGAGCACCCAGACCUGCAACUACCAGUUUGACAACGCAGAGCACCACCCAGUCUCUGGUGAAUGCACUGAGAACCACAUCCUGGUGCCUUUCUCGCACAAGGGUAAAAAUGGAGUUACCAACGUCAGCAAACAGAAGGCCACUCUCCUGGGAGUGACUGAGCACAAUGACAGAGUCUUUGACCCCAUUCUGGCCAAUGAGCAGACCCUGCACCCACAUGCCAGUGUGGACAAGAGCCCAAUUCAGGACAAAGAUGCUGCUCUCGCUCUCCUAACUGAACUGGCUGGCCUUUCAAAGACCGAGAAUGGACACAAGAGAGCCCACCUGGCCCGCAAGAUCGUGAGCAUGAUCCGCAAGAUGUCUGCAGAGACCCUGGCUGCUGGCGUGCCCGAGGCCCUGGAAAUCUCUCGCUCCCUGACCUACCAGGCUCUGUUCCAGUGCGGUACCCCCGAGUGCAGCAGCGCCAUCAUGCAGAUCCUCAGGACCUUCGACAGCUCUUCUAUGGAGAUUGAUGCCACCGUCUACGCCAUGGGUCUGCUACCCAACCCAUCUCGCCAGCUCGUCUACGACAUGCUGGAGAUGGCCAAGUUCAAGCAGAGCAAGCCCAUUUUCUAUGGUGCCAGUAAUGCCGUCAAGAGACUGUACAAGGCUGAGGGUAAGGUCACUCCUGAGAUUGAGGCUGUUGCCAACUUUGCCCUGGAGCAGAUUGGAGACUGCACUGGUGACCAGGAGCACAUUUUCAUGUCCCUCAAGGUUAUUGGUAACAUGGCUGCUGCUAUGGGGGCUGCCAGCCCUGCCCUGAAAUCUGCUGUGAUCCAGUGUGUGAACCAGCCUGCUGCCACUCCAGAGGUUCAGCUUGCUGCCAUCCAGGCCUACAGACAGACCACUCUGCCUGAGGAGGGCAGAGAGGUGCUCAUGCAGGUCCUUUUGGACGGUGCUGCCCCACUGCAGAAACGUGUUGCUGCCUACCUGGUGCUGAUGAAGGACCCUCAGCCCUCUGAACUGUCUCAGCUGGCUGCUGCCCUCCCAGUUGAGGAGAACCAACAGGCCAAGAGCUUUGUGAUCUCUCAUGUCACCAACAUCCUGAGCUCCACUGCACCUGAGACCCAAGAGCUGAGACAGAAGAUCCUUGAUGCCCUCCAGGGCAAUGAGGUUGGAACUGUCAUGGACCCAACCAAGUUCUCCGGUAACUACAAGGUCGGAUCCCUGGAGGGAAACAUGAUCUUUGAGGGCGAUAGCAAAAUGCCAAAGGAAGUCAUGCUAGAGAUGACAUUGAAUGCCUUUGGCUAUGAUGUGGACAUGUUUGAGAUUGGUAUGGAGGGCAAGGGACUUGAUCCAACUGUUGAGGCCCUGUUUGGUGACAAUGGGUUCUUCCCCGACACUGUGAUGAAGACCAUCUACUUUGCUGCUGAUAGGAUGCCUGGCCAAUUCAGAAGUGUUCUGAAGAACAUGCUUCCUUCCCUGAGGAACGACAGGAAAAAGAGACAGGCUUCCCAGAGCCUCAUAAAAGAGCUUGGCCGCAGCGUCAACAAACUAUUCAGAGACCUGAAGGCUCAGGAUGCCCCUGAGGCCAUGGUCUACCUGAGAAUGCUGGGAAUGGAACUUGGCUACCUGAAGACCAAAGACAUGGAGGAGAUGGCCUACUCUGCUGCACUAAUGAUUGACAACCUCCUGAAAAUGUUCCCUACUGAGUUCAUCAAGGGACUGCUGACCAGCGCUGACAAUGAGCUGUUUGCCCACUACAUCUUCAUGGACAAUGAGUUCUACCUGCCAACCGGCGCUGGUGUUCCUCUGAGGGUUGCCCUGUCUGGUACCUUCACCCCUGGAGUCAAGGGAGGAGUGAACAUUGCUGCUGAUAUGAGUGAGGUGACAUUCAUGCCAUCUGCUGGUAUCGAGUUUGUGACUGAGGUUGGAGCCCACUUCCCUGACUUUGUUCAGUCUGGUCUGGAGAUGCACACCAACAUUUACCACGAGAGUGGCCUGAAAGCCAAGGUCUCUGUGUCCCACAACAACAUCAAGUUGACCAUCCCUGCCCCUCAGAGCCCUACCAAGCUCGUCAGCUUCACUAACUCCCUGGUGUCUGUGCAUGGCGCUGAGACCAAGACUAUCCCAGCCACAGGAGAUAGAGUUGAUGUGACAGAAUGCACACCUGUCUUUGCUGGCAUGAAGUACUGCACAGCUCUGCAGUACUCUGAUGCUAUGCAGACUGAUGAGUCUCCCUACUUCCCCUUCACCGGGGACAGCAAGCUUGCCAUCGAGCUGCAUCCUACUGGUGAGGUCUCAGAAUACACUGCCAACAUUGACCAUUCCUAUGAGGACAAGACCGACAAAGUGACUUUGACUCUGAAGGCUGAAGGAGAAGCAGUUUCUGAGGCCACAGCAACUGUGAAGUUUAACAGGCAGAAGUACACCGUUGAAGCUGAUCUCCAGAUCCCUGAUUAUGACCUGGAGGUUGGGCUCAGGCUCGGCUCUGUUGACCCCGACACCAAGGGCAAGGCCACACACUCUGUCCAGAUUGACCUCGUCAACAAGAACAUUCCUCAGGCCUCUCUGGUUGCCCUGGCCAAAAUUGAGGCAAUGAAGGAUGCCACUCUGGAUCUUCAGCUCCUCGUGCAUGCACUGAAGGCUGAUGCCAAAGUCUCUGCACACAUUCACCGUGAGGAAGGUCUGACCCUGGAACUGAAGACUGACAUUAAACUGCCAGAAACUAACUCUGUGCAGGAAAUUACUCUUAAAUAUGAUAAUGAGAAACUGGAGGCUGAAAUCAAAUCUGAUGUGAGCUCUGAGAUCAAGAACAUCCUUUCAAACUUUGGAGAGGUUGAGGCCACCAUUCACAGUUUUCUCAACCAGGAAAUUGGCCAGACUGGGAUGACAGUCAGUACUUUCCUGAGCAAGUCUGUUGAGGGUGCGAAUGCCUACAUUGAGAAGUAUGGAGCAGAUAUUCCAUAUGUACAGACCAUGAGAGUGCCUGAAUUCCCUGAGCUGUCUCUACCUGAGAAACUGUACUUGAAGGCUGAGGCUGAUGCCAAAUACCACUUCGGCACGCAUUCCUACACCAUCGCCAUUCCUCUGCCUCUUGGAGGGAAAUCCUCUGGAGACCUGAACUUCCCUGCUGCCCUCACCACUCCUCACCUGACAGUGCCCCAGCUGGGCCUGGAGGUAGCCUCCAUUGACAUUCCCCUCCCUGAGGUGUUUGUUCCAGAGCAGGUGUCUGUGUCUGUGCCUGUCUUCGGAAAGGCUGAAGUCUCCGCCAAGGUGCACAGCAACUUCUACAACCUGGAGGCCGAGGUCUCUGCUGGUAGAGAUCCAGUUGACCACCCCAGCUAUUCUGCUAAGGUGGAGCUCACUGGUAGCUGCCCUGUAGAUCUCUUCUGUUUCAAGACUGAAGCAUCUGCACUGCUUGCUGGUACACCUGGUGAUUCCCUGAAGGCUGAAGUGAAGACACAUGUGAACCACAAGCUCAUUGAUGCCAGCAUUAGUGUUGUGGAGGUUGCAACUAUUGCUGACAACUUCAACUUGAAGUCCAACAGCAAGAUUGAGGCAACUAGUCCUCUUGGUGUACUUGUGUCUCUGGAGUAUGAGGGUGAUGGUAAUGUGAACACAGAGGGGAUCUUUGGAAAUGGAAAACUAGAGGCAUCCCUUAAGGCUGGCCCAGUUUAUGGUGCUACCACCAUCUCCCAGACGGUCGAAGUUUUCCCAUUCAAGCCAGAGGCCAAGAUUGACUCUUCUGUUAAGAUUGAUUCCACCCUUGUCAAAGCCCAGAACACAUUUGCUGCUGCCUUUGCUAAUGGUGAGCUGACUGCCACAUCCAACACUGCAGCACUUGAUGAUACCCUGGUGCAUCUUGCUGAGGUCACCUUCAAGGAUUCCACACUGGCUGUGAAGUCCGAUACCAAGGCAGAAGCCCUCGGCCUGAAGAUUCAGAAUGUGGCUGAAGCCUCUGCUGGUGCAGGAGCUGUUAACAUCAAGGUGGAAACAAGUGCUGACCAUGCAGAAGACCGCAUCCAUUCCCUUGUGUCUGCUACCCUGGAUGUCAAUGGACUGGCUGUGAACAGUGAUGCUGAUGUCAAGCUUGCAGAGAACACUGCAACUCACAAAGCAUCCUUGACACUGAACAAGGAUGGUCUGGCAACCAAUGGAGCCACAUCCCUGCAGAGCCCUCUGAAGCUGGAGAACACAUUCAGCGGUUCCCUGGAUGCAUCUAAGGGUGCCUUCAACACUGACACCAAAGGUGAAUUUGCUGACAUGAAGAUUGCUCAUGCCAUGUCUCUGACUGGAACACUCUCUUCUAUUGCUUUCAACAACAAUGCUGAAGCAGUUGUUAGCGAGGGAACCUCCUACACCCAUUCCAUUGUUCUGGAUGUGCAUGACUACACUGCAUCUUUGAACAUCAACAAUGACCUGAAGGUCCUGCAUGCCAACCUGGUGAAUCUGGCUGAGUUUAAGGUAGAGCCCUACAAGGCUGAUCUGACUGGAAGCCUGAAGGCAGCCUAUGGAGAAGAGGAGCUCAAGCACACUUUUGAAAUCAGGUACGCUGACCUGAUGGCCAAUGCCAAGUGCAGCACAGCUGGUAAGCUUCUGGGCUCUCACCUCAGCCAAAACACAGAAGUUGAGGUUGCUGGACUUACUGUUAGAAUCAACAAUGAUGCCCGCUUCAACUCCCAGCUUCUCCGCUUUGACACCACCACCCGUGCAACAGCUGUUCCCUUCAGCUUCAACAUUGAUGCUAUUGCCAAUGCUGAUGGUGACCUGACCCUGUAUGGGAAGCACAGUGCACAAGUCUACACCAAGUUCCUCAUGAAGGCAGAGCCACUGGCAUUUGCACACUCUCAUGAAUGCAGAAUCUCAACCUCCCAAAACCUUGACAAUGGUGUUUCCGUUGAGACUGGACUUGACAACAAGAUUGAAACUCUCUUGACUCCCUCUGACCAGAAAGCUCAUGUGACACUUAAAUCCAAGUUCAACAACCAUGCCAUUAACCAGGAGGUCAGUAUUUACAACACACCUGAAAGGCUUGGACUGGAAAUGUCAGGAAACAUCAUGACGAAUUUGAUCAAUGCAGCUGACAGUGAAAACCAAGAAUUUGGCGCAUCUGGCUUCAUGAAAUACGACAAAAAUAGUGAUAUUCACGUCAUUGAUCUGCCUUUUACAGAGGACAUAUUUGUUGUUGCGGAUCACCUGAGACUCAUUGUAGUGGAAGUGGUUGAGGCCCUGCAGGCUUAUAUUAGACAAGAAGAUCUCAUGAACAAGUUGGAAAAUGUUCUCGAGCACAUCAGUGUCUUUGUGAAGGACCUCAACAUUGAAGAAAGAGCAACUGAGCUUAAGCAGCAACUGCUUUCCUUCUCAGAGGAGUACACAAUCACCUUUGAAGACCUGGAGACCUGUCUGAUGAACCUGAGGGCUGCUCUUGAAAAGCUCCUGACUGAUCUGGCUGCUACUGUCAACGAAACCGUCAAAAUGAUCAAAGAGCUGGUUGCAAGUGGAACCCUUUCUGACGAUGUUGUCAAGAGGCUUUCUGAGCUACUAAAUACAUUUAGUGAGCAAUAUGACAUCAAUGCCAUGCUUGUUGAAGUCAUUGAAGCUGUUGAAGAUCUGAUUAAGCAAAUUGAUCUCCUGAAACUGAAGGACAGCAGCAUUGCUCUCUUGCAUGACCUGGAUGCCCAGUAUGCCAUCAAAGCCAUGCUUGAGGAAAGAGUGGGUGAACUGAAACAAAUGAUUUCAAGCCUCAGCUUGGCUCAGUUUGUUGAGGAUCUGAAGAACUUGAUUUCCUCCGUUGACAUCGAAGGUCUGACCAGUCAGCUGGUAGCACACAUUCCAACAGAGCAACUGAACAAGAUUGUAGACACAGUCAAAUCUCUGGUCACAGAAUUGGACAUCAUUGGCAAGCUGAAUGCAGUCUAUGGCAAUGUGAGAGCAGUACUUGUUCAGUACGAACUUGAAAAAAGAAUUGAAGCAAUCCUGGAGAAGGUUGUUGAGCUCAUCCAGAAAUUCAAAAUUGAUGAGACUGUACAGGUCGUUGUUAACACUCUGAAGACCAUUCACAUCCCUGUCGCACUGGAAGAUGCUAUCAACUACCUGAAGUCCACAGAGAUCAAGCAGGCUAUUGAGCAUUUGAACGAAUAUAUUGAUGUUUUUGUGCAUAGAGUUAAAGCAUUUGACUACAAUGCCUUUGUAGAUGAUGUCAAUGAGAAAAUUGCUGCUUACACUGGUGAGCUGAAUACACUCAUUGCUUCUCUUGAGAUUCCACAGAAGGUUGAGGCAACCAGAGAAUUUGUCAACUAUGCUCUGUCCACACUGAGUGGCCUCUUGGAAGAACUGAGGGGCAUCAAGGUAGCUGAUUUAGUCAAAACUCUGAAAGACAUCAUUGACAGUGUGGCUCUGAAUGACAUCAGAGCCCUGGUGGCCAAACUUCCAGAGGUUGACCUCAGAGGUGAAAUCCAGCAUUACCUGGAAGUCGUCAGCAACCUGUACACCAAGGUCAUGGACAUAGUCAGUGAAACCUUCAGUGGAGUUGUUGAUGCAGUCCAGAAAUUUGUUGCUGAUCAAGCAAUUGUUGGCCAACUUAAGCAGGUCAUUGAGGGAGUUGUGGAUGGACUGAAGACAGCUGAGUUUGAAUUCCCAUCAUUCACUGUCCCACUCACCAACCUGGUUCUGCCUUCCUUCAAGAUCAGCCUGGCCCACCUUCAGGACAGCCUCCCAACACAGAUUGACCUGCCCGAGUUCACCAUUCUGGGCUUCCAUACUGUGCCAGCCAUGACCAUUACUUAUGAUGAUGUCAAGCAGAAGGUUAUGCAGCUCAUUGACUUCAUUGUCAACUUUGAAAUCAAAUUUGUGAAUGUGGAUGCCUUCUUUGGAGAGCUGACCAUGAAUUAUCUGCCUGAGCUGUCUGCUAUUUCACUGCCAGAGAUCAGCCUUCCAGAGAUCUCUCUCCCUGCCAUCCCUAAGUUUAGCACAGAACACGUCAUUGACAUGCCUCUUCAGAUCCCAGAGUUCAAACUGCCCAACAUUCCUCGUUCUGUGAUCUUGCCAUCUUUUGGAAAACUUUAUGGUGAGAUCAAAGUCAACACUCCCAUCUACAGCAUCAGGACCACUGCAGAAUUCCAGAACUCCACUGAUAGUGAGACCACACCCCAGUUCACUGCCUUCUUGAAUUCCAAGGGAUCAUCCCCUGCUGUUGAAGGACUGGACUACAACCUGGACUGCACUGCUCGUGUGGCGAUCCCCAAAAUGAGCCGCAUUAUCAUCGCAGAAACCCUGAAGUUCACACAAUCGGCAGUGUCUGUUGAGCACCAAGCAUCAACGACCCUUUAUGGCCUUUCUGCUCAGUCCUCAGCCAAGACGACUAUGAAGGUUAACACUUCUCCAUACACUGCUGACAUUGUCAACAUCGCAUUCUUUGCCAUGGAUGGUGGUGUUACCGCUUCUUUUGACACCUCUUACAACCACAAGGUCAACAUCCCCAUGAUCUCAUACAUCAGUGAUAUGUCUCUUAUGCAGAAGGCUGUUGCUCGUCAAGAUGGCACCACCAUCAAACUUUCUUUUAAAAAUGAAGGAACAGGCAAGGUUGCUAUUCCUGACUUCUCUGAGGAAACAACCCAUAAGAGUGAUUUUGAUUACACCAUGAACCUCCGCACUGUCAAGCUCACAUACACUUCUGAUACGGAUAGUUCUUCUUUUAAAGUAAAGGAAAGCUUGAAUGCUGAUGGUCUUGUUUUCAGAUACAUCAACUUUGAUGCCCGUGUAGAGAUAGAGUCUCCAUUCAUCAAGAACAGCCUGCUGACCGCCUCUGGGAAGGCUCACAUGGGUGACAUGAAAGUUGAAAUCAAGGCCAAUCAUGACACAGAGCUUACUGGUUCUCUUAGUGGAACCCUGUCCAACUCCCUCCAUGCUAUGGCUAAACCCGAUGAGUUUGUGCUUGACUUCCAGAACAAGGGCAAUGCCAAGACCACCCUUGAGGGCAUACUUUCAGCAAAGCUUGAUCUCCAGAAUGACUACUCUGUCUCUUUGAAUUAUAAUGUGCAGCACAUCAACACAAUGGCCCUGGUCAAACUGAACCAAUAUGGGAUCAGCUACAACUUAACUGUCGACAAUAACCAGGCCGAAACUGGCAUUUAUGCUUCUGUAGAUGGUGAUGUCAACCUUGACAUUCUGACUGAGUCCAUUAGCAUUCCUGAGAUUGCUGUGCCAAUCAUUGAUUUCAAGACCCCAGCCAUCAAUGACAUCAAUCUGUAUGAGCACACUGGCCUGAAGCACCUGCUGACCUCCACUGAGCAGACAGUUGAUGUGGAUGCAAAGAUUGUGUACAAGAAAAGCAGUUUUGCUGUUGGCAGUCUGGUCUCUGAAGCCUCUUUCAAGUCCUCCAUCGUCAACCUGAAUGUCAAUGCUGAGGUGUCUGCUGAGGAUGACUUGGUUAUCCGCAUUGGUGCCGUCUCUGCAUCUGUCUUUGAGGGUCUGAAGGCCAAGAUUGAUGGUACAAGCAGCCUUACCACCAAGAGAGGUGUGAAACUGGCCACAGCCUUUUCUCUGGAGAAUGCCCAUGUUGAGGCAACCCAUGACAGCACUCUGAACCUGAACACUGAAGAGCUGGAAGCCUCUCUUUCUGCUGCUACUGUUGCAAAGGUGAACCUGGCUAUCCUCACUGCUGAGGCCAACCACCAGCUGACAGCAGACACAAAGGAACAUCCCAAAGCAGCCUCCACUCUCAACAUCAAGUACACCUUGGACAUUCCAGUCAUCAAGGCUGUUGGUUCUGGAGAUGCUGAGAACAGCCUGAAGCUUGAGGCUGGUCUCUACUUCAUUUCCCUGGAAUCCUCAACAAAGGGACACAUUGAUGGAACCAUCCUGGACACAGGUCUUGUAAAGGGAGCCCUGGAUAACACAGCUAACAUCUACCUGAAUGAAAAUGGCCUUCGCUCAACUCUGAAGAGCAACGGCAAUGCACAUAUCAGCCAUGGAGACUUGAAGGUGGAGUUUGAUCUUGAUGACGAUAUUGCUCUUGAAGGAGGCCUGAGCCGUUUGUAUUCCACAGUGAAAAUCGCCUCCAACAAUGAAAUCAAUGUAGCUGCCCUGAACACCAAGGGAAAGCACUCUUUUAAGGCCACUUAUGAUAUCACACCGACAUCUCUGGCUGUUGAUAUGGAAGCUGACCUUGCUCAACCAAGUGUCCUGGGUGAUCUCAGCUACUUUGAAAAGUUGACCCUUGACAUAACUAACGAAAAACAGAAGGAGGUCUACACUCUCAAGAUUGUUUCUCCUGUGUACACCACCACUGCUGCAGUAGAAACAGAGGGUGUCUUCCCCACAUACCAAGGAACCUUUAAGGCCACUGCCAAGUCUCCGGCUGUGUUCCUGGAGUACGAUCUGGAUGGCUCGUUCACAGCCUCCCUUGAAAAUGAAGUUGUGAGCCACACUCUCAAGGCUGUCCUGACCCAUACUGACCUGAAUAUGGAUGUUCAACAUGCUAUUCAGCACGAGGAUGAAGGUCCUGCCCAUACCCUGAAUGUGGACAUCACAAGCCCCACCUUCACUGAUGUAAACUUCCGUUAUGCUGCUCGUAAGGAUGGAGCUAGCACUUCCAUCUCCAGCCCAUCUUCUGGCUUUCUUGGAUUUCAGCUUCAGGGUAAAAUCCCACAGAUGAGCGCAAAACUGUACUGCCGCUAUGCUUCCGAGCCUGAGAAUGACGUGGACCUCCUGGUCUUAAAAGCAGCUCUGGCAGAACCUGAGAAGAUGCAUCUGCACGCUUCUGCCAACAUGGAGGCACCCAUCGUGAUCCUGUCUGGCCUGCAUGAUAGAGUCCCUGCCAUUACCUCAUCACUGACCAACUUUGCAGAGAAGUACGCCAUCAUCAGCGAUCUUGAGAGCUUGAAGGACAUGUUCGUUAGCACAGUUGAUGAAGCCUACAACACCGUCAAGAGCUACACUCCGGAUAUGAGCCAGCUGUCCAUCCUCUUCAGGAAUGUUGUUGUUCAGUACCAGAAGACCGUUCAGGCCCUGCUUGAUGCAGCCAUCAAGUUCCUGAGGGAAACCCAGAUUGAGCUGCCAGGGAUGGAGAAGGCUACUCUGCCCGAAAUCGUGCACAAGAUCACAACCAACGUUGGCACAGUGCUUGAGCAGCUUCUGCAGGUGAUCAGUGAUAACCUGUAUGCCUACCUCACACCAAUUGUUGACACCAUCAGCUCCAUCCAGGUGACCAUGCCUUCUGGCGAGGUUCUGACUGGAAGCCAGAUUCUGGACCAGGUGAAGGUCGUCUUGAACGAGGUGGUGGAUAUGGUGAAGAAUCUGGAGAGCUUUGAUGUCAUCUUGGAGAAAAUGGGUGAGACCCUGAGUAACGUAGUCCAGACAGCCCAAGGAUUUGUCGACAUCCUGAGCUCUGACAUCCUGGACAGUUUCUUUGUGUACAUCAAUGGUUUCUAUUCUAACCUUGUCACACUUGCCAAGGAUGUGACAGAGCAAGUUAAUAACCUGCUGACUGCACAGGACAUUGACAACUCACUUAAGUAUGCGUUAGAGUCUGCCAGAUCUUUUGUGACUGAAAUUAUCAAUUUUGUUGCUCAACUUCUGCCAGAAACUGGACCUCUAAGGGUGAAUGGAGGAAGACUAGAUGUGGAGCUCGAUGUUUCUAUCCGCCAUUAAUAAUAGAUUUGUAAGCUGUGAAUGUUUUGCUUGUUAAACACUACCCUAUGUUGAACGCAAUACUUUGAGGGAGCAACGUAUGCUUAAGUCCUUUAGCAUGUAUUUAAAGAAGUCCAAACUAACAUGUAAAAAGCUGUAUUAUUUUUGUGUAAAUGACAACUUGUAUACCAACUCAGCGUCAUCUUUUGAGAUGAAAAUGCUUUGGUAAAUCCCUCUACCCAUCAUACCCUACAUGUCUUCAAUGCAAUGAGUGAGAGUACCAAUAAACAUCAUUUGUACUCCAAUAACUAUGCAUGUUGUUUUUUUUCCAUUAUGUGUUUCACAAUCAUAGUAUAGCAUUGUAGAAACAGAAUCAGAAACUGCAUUGACAAGAAUAUUACCAUUCAGUAAGUCAGACAGUUAUUUUGAAUUGGGAAAGUCAUGUAAGGGUCUCAAAUGUAGCAUCUCUAUUGGCAGUUCACUCAAAACAUGCCAUUACCAGCAUAGGUUAAUGCUCAAGCAGGGCGAUGUGGAGUAUGGAACUGUGAGCCAUCUCCGACAUUUCGUUUUUGCAGUGGUUGAUAUGGAGUCCAAACCUCUGGCUCACUACUUCAUCAGGGAAGAAUGCAUCCAUGAAAAAAAAGUUGUUUAGGCUUUAUCAUAAUAAAAUAUCUAAAUCUCAA